AACAUGGCGACAGACUCAAGUGGACGGAGGUUUACGCUAACUUUAAUCGUCUUUUCUUGCGUUUUUGCGGGCAGGUGGGCCGAGGCGGCGGCUCCGGAGACGAGAGCCGCCACUCGGAUACUCGGCAUGAGGCUGGAGAAGAGCGACACGCCGGCAGAGACCACCAAGAGAGGAGUUAUCCAGGUGACCGAGGGCAGCGACAUCCUCUUCAGGUUCUACGGGCUCCACUUGUUCCCCAACAGCUCGGCGCUCAUCAGGUUCACGGAACUCUACUCCAGUAAGAAAGAGGAUGAUGCCGCCGAAGCUAUAAUAUUCUCCUCCAACAGGACUUGCCCCGAACACACUAAGGAUAUAGUCGUGACGGGACUCAUGGAUGUCAGCAAUCAAAACACCUCCGGGGUGGUGAGACUCAAGAUCAAGCAGCUCCGCAAGAGCGAGGCGGUGAAGGUGUUCGGCGUGUGCAUCCGCGACACCCAGGACGAGGAAGAGAAGUGGUAUCUGCUGGACGACAAGGACGGCAGACUGCGGGUGGUGGAGGAGAAGAAGUCGCUGUUACCCAUCUGGCUUCAGGUGAUCCUCAUCGCCUUCCUGUUGGUGCUGUCCGGUAUGUUCAGCGGGCUCAACUUGGGUCUGAUGGCGCUGGACCCCAUGGAGCUGCGCAUCGUGCAGAGCUGUGGCACCGAGAAGGAGAAGAAGUAUGCAAGGAAGAUAGAGCCAAUCCGUAGGAAGGGUAACUACCUGCUAUGCUCCUUGCUCCUAGGCAAUGUCCUGGUCAACACCACCCUGACCAUCCUCCUGGACGACCUCACCAACUCUGGGCUCGGUGCUGUGGUCGCAUCCACCGUUGGCAUCGUUAUUUUUGGAGAGAUCGUCCCCCAGGCGCUGUGCUCUCGACACGGCCUGGCAGUGGGAGCCAACACCAUCAUGGUCACCAAGUUGUUCAUGCUGUUGACUUUACCUCUGUCGUGGCCCAUCAGUAAGCUCCUUGACUGCGUCUUGGGUCAGGAGAUCGGCACUGUGUACAACCGGGAGAAGCUGGUGGAGAUGCUUAAAGUCACCGAGCCCUACAACGACCUGGUGAAAGAGGAGCUCAACAUGAUCCAAGGCGCCUUGGAGCUCAGGACCAAAACAGUCGAGGAUGUUAUGACCCCGAUCAACAACUGCUACAUGAUCCACAGCGACGCCGUGCUGGACUUCAACACCAUGUCCGAGAUCAUGGAGAGCGGAUACACGAGGAUACCUGUGUAUGAGGACGAGAAGUCCAACAUCGUGGACAUCCUAUUCGUCAAGGACCUAGCCUUCGUGGACCCAGACGACAGCACCACACUGAAGACCAUCACCAAGUUCUACAACCACCCGGUCCACUUUGUCUUCCACGACACCAAGCUGGACUCAAUGCUGGAGGAGUUCAAGAAAGGAAAGUCUCACCUUGCCAUUGUACAGAAGGUGAACAACGAGGGGGAGGGAGAUCCUUUCUACGAGGUGGUGGGGUUGGUCACCCUGGAAGACGUGAUUGAGGAGAUAAUUAAAUCAGAGAUUCUGGAUGAAUCAGAUUGUUACACUGAUAACCGCACCAGGAAAAGGGUGGCGCCUAAUAAGAAUAAGAGAGACUUUUCUGCUUUCAAACAUGAGAGUGAAUCAAAAGUUAAGAUCUCCCCUCAGCUGCUUCUGGCCGCUCAUCGCUUCCUGGCUACAGAGGUGAGCUUGUUCAGCCCGUCUCAGAUCUCCGACAAGGUGCUGCUACGAAUCCUGCGCCACCCUGAUGUCAUCCAGGAGAUCAAGUUCAACGACAGCGACAAACGCUCCCCACAUCACUAUGUCUACCAGAGGGGCAAACCUGUCGACUACUUCGUUCUCAUCUUACAGGGACGAGUUGAGGUGGAGGCCGGCAAUGAAAACAUGAAGUUUGAGACCGGACCGUUCUCUUACUACGGCGUCAUGGCGCUCAGUGCCCCCACACUGGAGUUUCGUUCGCCGUCGCACCUCAGUGGCUUGAACCGCACAGCCUCUCUAAGCGGAGCCGACAGGACUGAAUCUCUGUCUGUCAGCGGCAGCAACAGCCAGCUCAACAACAGCAUCCCGGCGCAGCAGUACACGCCUGACUUCUACGUCCGAGCCCUCACCGACCUGCAGUUCGUCAAGAUCACACGGUCCCAGUACCAGAACGGCCUGAUGGCGUCUCGUCUGGACAGCACUCCCCAAUCCCCGGAGAGCGGCCACAACACGGUCCGCAUGGAUCAGACCACGCCCCCCGCCACCGCCAACACCACCAUCACAGACCUGGGCGCAGACUCCACCCCGACGGAGAACGGGCCCGACGAAACGACGCUCCUCCUCCUCAACGAGCAGAACUCGCCACACACACCUAACCACCACAGCCAACUGGAAAACAGCAUUUGA